AUGGACUCUGAAGCCAGUGGGACAAUGGAGGUGGCAGCUCUAGGCCGACCUUUCAGCCUCGGGAUGUUGUACGACUGCCGCAAAGACUCACUUGUCCCUGGAAUGACAUUGUGGGACCGUGGUGACCUGAUAAGUCAUAUUAGUGAAAGACCACAGAAAUAUAAUGGUUUUGAGAUAGUCGCAUCUGAAUCUAUUGCAGAUAAAUCUUCAGCACUAGAUGUUGAAGCCUCUCUGAAGGCCAGUUUCUUCAGUGGACUGGUAGAAGUUGGAGGAUCGGCCAGAUACCUGAAAGACAGUAAGACUUCCAGAAAUCAGGCCAGAGUAACACUCAACUACAGAGCUACCACAAAGUUCCAGGAACUGUCCAUGAAUCAUCUUGGAAGAGGCAACGUGAAGCAUCCGUAUGUCUUUGAUAAAGGAUUAGCUACACAUGUAGUCACAGGUAUUCUUUAUGGGGCACAAGCCUUCUUUGUCUUUGACCGUGAGGUUUCUGGAACCGAAAAUCAUCAAGACAUUCAGGGUAACUUGAAGGUGAUGAUCAGGAAGAUUCCUGGCGUUGUGAUAGAGGGUGAAGGUUCCCUGAAGAUGGAAGACAAGGACAGAGAAAAUGUUGAGAAAUUCUACUGCAAAUUCCAUGGAGACUUUUCUCUUGAAAAAAAUCCUGUGUCCUUUCAGGAUGCAGUAGAAGUCUACCAAAGUCUGCCAAGACUGUUGGGAACCAACGGAGAAAACGCCGUACCAAUGAAGGUCUGGCUGUUGCCACUGACAAGUUUAGAUUCCUCUGCUGCUAAACUCGUACGUCAGAUAAGUAUAAGAUUAGUUCAAGAAUCACAGAGUGUCCUGGAGGACUUCAGUGAGCUGGAAAUGAAGUGCAAUGAUGCCCUAAGAACCUCCACUGUACAGCAGUUCCCACAGAUUGGCAAAAAGAUUAAGACUUUUAAAGAGAUGUGCUCUGAGUUCAGACUGGAACUCCAAAGAACCUUGGCAAAGAAACUUCCAUCAAUCCGAGGAGGAGGAGAGGAGGAGGCUGUGCUCGCAGAGAUCCUGAAGAAAAUAUAUUCUUCUCCUUUCAGCAGCAAAAACCUGAACGAGUGGAUGGACUGUAAAGAGAGAGAAGUCGACACGUUAAAGUCUUUCACCAACAUGAUGACAAACACCAAGAUCGUUCCAUCUCAAAAUCACCUGUACAAAGAAAGUUUUAAUGCAGAGCAUGUGGUGUGUUUUGUCUUCACCUCACUGGGAAGUUCUGAAUCGUACCUCUCAACUUUAUCAAAGUACUUAAGACAAACACCAGACGACCCUCAGCAUGAACAUACUCAAGAUGUAGAGAGGGAACAAUGGUACUCCUCAAAAGAAGUCGCAAAAGCAAUGAGGCAUAAAGCAAAGCUCUUCAGUGAUUUUGCAGAGGCCAACAAGGAGAACAAGAACAUUAAGUUCUUAACAGUGGGUUUAACAAACGAGGCACAGAAAGGUUCAAGCAUCUACCUUUAUAAAGACGGCUUUUCUGUCAACGAGAACUUUGAGCCACCUUCAAAGCCUGAAACAGGAACAGUAAGUGACAUAAACCACAACAGUGUGACUCUGAAGAUUUCUCCUCCCAGAUUUGGAGCAGAGAACAUCACCUCCUACUCUGUUGAGUACUGUGUCAGUGGAGAGGAUGGAUGGAAACAGAAGACAGCAUCAAAAGAUGAAGAAGUCACAGUGAGCGUUCUGAGUCCUGACACAGAGUACAUGUUCAGAUGCAGAGCAGUGACCUCAGCAGGUGUUGGGCCGGCCAAUGAAGUCUCUGGUUCCAUUAAAACCUUACCUUGCAGCCCUCCUGGAAAACCUCGAGUUGAACCAAACUCAAGUGAGAUAUCAGUCAGCUGGGAGAAACCUGCUGAGCUUGGACAAGAUGUCCACAUUCUGAGCUACAUCGUGGAGUACGCCAAAACAGACAACGGGGUGAAAGAGGAAGAUCUCCGAUGGAACCAAAUGAUGUCAACGGCUGAAAAGGCGAUCAUUUCAGGACUUCACUCAGAGGCAGAAUAUGUUGUCAGAGUCAGAUGUGAUUGUGGUGUAGCCGGCAGAAGCAAAGAAAGCAUCACUGUCAAUGUCUGCACAACAACAUUUACACAUCUCGCAGAAAUCCUCAAAAGAAGCGAAAAGAUGAAAUCUGAAUCUCCCUCAGUUUACAAAUUGACUCUGAAAGAAGAAGAUGUGGAUAUCGGUGGAAGCAGAACAUUCAGUUUUGGAGAAGAAAGCAUGAGGCAAAAUCGUACUAUUAUGCUUUUUGGAGCGACCGGAUCAGGAAAGUCUACUCUGAUCAAUGGAAUGAUCAACUACAUUGUUGGUAUGGAGUGGAAGGACACUUUCAGAUUUCAAUUAGUUGAUGAGGAUCAAACAAGAUCACAAGCUGAAAGCCAGACUUCUGAAGUCACUGUGUACAAGAUCAACCAUCAGGAUGGUUUUAAAAUAGAUCACUCGCUGACUAUCAUUGACACUCCAGGCUUUGGAGAAACAGAAGACAUAGAAAGAGACGAGGAGAUCAUUGAACAGCUACGUAAUCUCUUCUCUGCCGAGCAUGGUGUCAGAGACAUUGACGCUGUGUGUUUCGUAGCUCAGGCUGCUUUAGCACGACUCACUCCAUCACAGAAAUAUGUGUUUGAUUCAGUGUUCUCAAUCUUUGGCAAAGAUUUGGAAGAAAACAUCAGAAUUCUGGUGACAUUCGCAGACGGCCAGCAACCUCCAGUUCUAGAGGCAAUCAAAGCUUCAGGGGUCCCGUGUCCUAAAACAGAAGGUGGGCUGCCGGUUCACUUCAAAUUCAACAACUCAGCGUUGUUUGCAGACAACAAAUCACCUGCAGCAGACCAGAGUGAGGAUGAUGAAGAUGAAGAUGAAGGAGUCUUUGAUCAAAUGUUUUGGAACAUGGGGACAAAAACCAUGAAGAGGUUCUUUGUUGCUUUGAAUGUCAUAGAGACCAAAAGCUUAACAAUGACAAAGGAGGUCCUCAGACAGAGAAAGCAGCUCCAGAUUUACAUUGAAAAUUUGCAGAAGCUGGUUAAAGUUGGGUUAGCUAAACUUGAAGAGAUUAAAGAGACGUCUGAAAUACUUAAAACACAUGAGGCAGAGAUCAACAGAAAUAAGGACUUUGAGUUUGAAGUCACAGUCACAAAGCCUUUUCAAGAAGAUAUUUCUGGAACUGGAUCUCACAAGUACAGAUGGGGGUAUAAGGAAAUUACGGAAAAAAUAACAGUGAGAGAGAUGAGAGAAAAGUACCUGAAAGCCUCAGAGGCUAAGACACCUGUUCAGGCAUUGAUUGAUAAACUGAAGGCUGAAUAUGAACGUGUGCAGGAUGAUGUGGUGGCGUUGACGGAGAAGUCUGCUCAGUGUCUAAACAGACUUGAAGAGAUAGCACUGAAGCCAAAUCCUCUCUACACUCCAGAGUACAUUGACAUGCUCAUUGAGGGGGAGAAAGCUGAGGCCAAGUUAGGCUGGAAGCAACGAGUUGAUCACCUGAUAGCUGUGAGAGAACAAGCUGAGCUCUUGGCUAAAGUAGGCAAAGGAGAGAAUCUCCUCCGUCGUCAAUAA